AUGUAUCAGAGUGUGAGGAGGAAGGUCUUCUGGGAAGAGCCCUUUAAGAUGAUACGAGCACCAUUAUUGCCGACUGUGGGUCGGCUCCAUUUCAGACACAUUGAUCUGCUCCUGGAGCUCGCUGGGCGAGAGCUGAGGUGGAGCCUGAGAGACGGACCCAGAGCCUUCACUGCCUCCAGCAUUCUGCGCACACACAUCCGACAGCACUCCGGUGAGAGGCCCUUCAAGUGCAAGCACUGCGGGAAGGCCUUCGCCUCCCACGCCGCCCACGACAGCCACGUCCGUCGGACGCACGCCAGAGACAAGCCGUAUCCAUGCGAGCUGUGCGGAGUGUCUUUCCAAGAAGAGCAGGAGCUUAAAUACCACAUGAAAAGCCACAAAAAAAGGCAAAUCUUGGACAGCACCAUUCUCCCGUCUUCUCCGGAGAGAGGAUUGCAGGAGGAGUCCCUGUUUCCGCUGAAGGACCAUCAGAAGAAUAGCGGACAAAACUUUCCUUACAGCGGCUUAACAGUUUUAAAUCCAGAAUAUCGGCCCUGGAACUAGACUCCACUUUCUUCUGUAAACAUGACUGAUCCUGUGAUAUAUUCUAGAUGAUUUGAGACAGCACAAACACAGCGAAGAAUCUUUACGCAGUGUUUGUGGUGAGACUGUGAAACAUGAAGGUAAAUUUGUUGUACAGGCCUAUUUAAAUAGGUAGAUAAUAACUGGAUAAUUUGAGCUGCUGGGCAACUGUGUCCGCGUCUGUUUAUAUAUGAACAUGUUGUGUAUUGUCAUGUGGCUUAAAGCUUCUCUACUAUUGUUGUGCGGGACAGUUUUGAUGCAUUGUAAUGCCUAUUAUUGUUAUUAUUAUAUUAUUAUUAUUUCCUUGCGUCAUCUACCGCUUCAAAAGCAAACCUAUUUUAU